AUGGUGAACAUUCCGAAGACAAGAAACACGUUCUGCAAGAAGUGCAAAGGUUACUCUGCACACAAGGUUUCGCAGGCCAAGAAGUCCAAGGAUAAUCCGAGGGCACAGGGAAACAGGAGAUAUGCUAGGAAGCAAAGGGGUUAUGGUGGUCAGACGAAGCCGAUUCUUCGGAGGAAGGCCAAGGUCACCAAGAAGCUUGUUCUGAACUUGGAAUGCACCAAGUGCAAGUUUUCACACCAAAAGCCCUUGAAGAGGGCCAAGCAUGUGAUAUUUGGUGGAGAACGGAAGAGAAAGGGAGAGGCACUGGUUUAUUAA